UAGCAGGAGCUAUUGCGACUCGUGGAAUUACCCCUCCCCCCGUUUCACCCCUCAUGUUUUCACUACUUACUUAUCCCGAGCUGAAGACAUCACGACAUUUGUUUUUCUCUUGUGAACCAUCAAAUCUUCUUUUACCUCAAUUGCGUACUUUGACUUCCAGGAUAACUUGAAUUCACCACCAUGUCGUUUGGAAAGACCGUGAAGCUCAACACCGGUGCCGAGAUCCCCCAGCUUGGAUACGGCACCUGGCAAUCUGCACCAGGUGAGGUCUCGGUGGGUAUUUACGAGGCUGUCAAGGCUGGGUACCGUCAUCUCGAUCUUGCAAAGAUCUACGGGAACCAGAAGGAGGUCGCCCAGGGUUUCAAGACGGCUCUGAAAGAAUUUAACCUGAAGCGAGAAGACUUCUUCAUUACCUCCAAGCUGUGGAACAACAAGCACCAUCCCGAGGAUGUCGAGGGUGCUCUUGAUGAAACCUUGGCAGAACUCGAACUUGACUACCUCGAUCUGUACCUCAUCCACUGGCCUAUUAGUUUCAAGCAGGGCGACAACCUCUUCCCUCUCGUCGAAGGGGCAAACCAACCUGACGGUGAUGUUGCCCUGGAUGACAGCGUUUCUUUGGUGGACACGUGGAAAGCCAUGAUCAAGCUGCCCAAGGAGAAGGUGCGAGCAGUCGGUGUAUCCAACUUCAGCGUCCCUCACAUCGAGGCCAUCGUCAAGGCCACUGGCGUUACCCCGGCCGUGAACCAGAUCGAGCGUCAUCCGCGGUUGCAGCAGCUUGACACCAUCAUCCAUUACGCCAAGGACAAGGGCAUCCACAUCACCGCGUACUCGGCAUUCGGUAACAACUCGUUCGGCCUACCUCUGCUGGUCCAACACCCCGAGAUUAAGGAGAUUGCCAAAAAGAAGUCGGCUACCCCGGCGCAGGUCAUCCUGGCAUGGUCCAUCAUUGGUGGUCACAGCGUGAUCCCCAAGUCAGUUACCCCCUCGCGAAUCAUCGAGAAUUUCCAGCAGAUCGAGCUUUCCGAUGAUGAAGUCGGGAUCAUCAAGAGCAUUGGCGAGCAGGAACCCAAGCGCAUGAACAUUCCCUACAUUGCCAACAAACCUCGCUGGGAUAUCAACACCUUCGGCGACGAGUCGGAGACACCGGCGACACACCAGGUCAUCAUUGGUGCAUAAGUUACGAACUACCGAACACCGCUACGGUUGUGUCCUGCUCAAUGAGGGUGGCUGGGGUGCAAAAACAGGAGUAGAUAUAGAAUAUGGUUAUCCAUUUAAGAAUACUCGUCAGUCCCAGCUCUUUGGGUGUGAAUGCGCACAAAUUUGUGGUGCAAUCUGGACUUCCCUGCCCUCGGUGGCAUCAGUCGAGCCUACCGACAGCCAGCUUUUUGUUCGUAUUUGUCAGUUUUCGCUAAAUCCUACAUGCUGGAGCAAAUGGUUUUGUGCGGCAGCCGAAUCUCAGCAACUUAGCCAGCUUCGCUCA